CUGUAACGGACGCCGGUGCCAGGGCAUAUUCGUCUUUGGGCUCUCGUGGCGAGUUAGCGUGCGUCUCGUCGUCAGUUCGAUACAGUCAGUAAAUUCCGAAGAAGUUCAACAAACUACCGAGCAACAUGAGGGAAAUCGUCCACAUUCAAGCUGGCCAGUGCGGAAACCAAAUUGGCGCAAAGUUUUGGGAAAUCAUCAGCGACGAGCAUGGCAUCGACCCGACUGGCACCUAUCACGGCGACUCCGAUCUUCAGUUGGAACGCAUCAACGUCUACUACAAUGAAGCGUCCGGCGGCAAAUACGUGCCCCGCGCCAUUCUCGUCGACUUGGAGCCAGGAACCAUGGACUCUGUUCGCUCGGGACCCUUCGGACAAAUCUUCAGACCCGACAACUUCGUGUUCGGGCAAUCCGGCGCCGGCAACAACUGGGCCAAGGGUCAUUAUACCGAGGGCGCCGAGUUGGUCGACUCGGUCCUCGACGUUGUCAGGAAGGAGGCCGAGAGCUGCGACUGCCUGCAAGGCUUCCAGCUGACUCACUCCCUCGGCGGUGGUACCGGAUCCGGCAUGGGUACCCUGCUCAUCUCUAAAAUCCGCGAAGAAUAUCCCGACAGGAUCAUGAACACAUACUCGGUCGUACCGUCCCCGAAAGUCUCCGACACCGUCGUGGAACCGUACAACGCGACCCUCUCCGUUCACCAGCUCGUCGAGAACACCGACGAAACCUACUGUAUCGACAACGAGGCCCUCUACGACAUUUGCUUCCGCACUCUGAAACUGUCCACGCCCACCUACGGUGACCUGAACCAUCUCGUCUCUCUCACAAUGUCCGGUGUCACGACUUGCCUGAGGUUCCCCGGCCAGCUGAACGCUGACCUGAGGAAACUCGCCGUAAACAUGGUUCCGUUCCCGCGUCUCCACUUCUUCAUGCCAGGUUUCGCUCCACUCACCUCCCGCGGCAGCCAACAGUACAGAGCUCUUUCGGUGCCCGAGCUCACCCAGCAAAUGUUCGACGCGAAGAACAUGAUGGCCGCCUGCGACCCCCGACACGGAAGGUACCUCACCGUAGCCGCCAUCUUCCGUGGCAGAAUGUCCAUGAAGGAGGUCGACGAACAGAUGCUGAACAUCCAGAACAAGAACAGCUCGUACUUCGUCGAAUGGAUCCCGAACAACGUCAAGACUGCCGUCUGCGACAUUCCACCCCGCGGCCUGAAGAUGUCCGCCACCUUCAUCGGCAACUCCACGGCCAUCCAGGAACUGUUCAAGAGAAUCUCCGAGCAAUUCACCGCCAUGUUCAGGAGAAAGGCUUUCCUCCAUUGGUACACCGGCGAGGGCAUGGACGAGAUGGAGUUCACCGAGGCCGAGUCCAACAUGAACGAUCUGGUCUCCGAAUACCAACAAUACCAGGAAGCCACCGCGGACGAGGACGCAGAGUUCGACGAGGAGCAGGAGGCCGAGGUCGACGAGAACUAAAGAAACGCGCGACCUCUUACCAUCCACGAGAAAACAGAGCCCCCGUUAUCUCUUCUCUCUCUCCUCUCUCUCUCUCCCCCUGUCCCCCCUCUGCCUCUCUCUCUCUCUCUAUCUUCACUCAUGCCGCUUCUUAACUCUGCGUUUACCU